AUGCAGUCGAUUUCGCGACGCACUCUUCACUGCUCUGCAGCCGUAGCACGUGGCCGACAUGUGUUCUACAAUAUUCAUAAGAAAGUUACAGAUCCAGCGAAGCAAGAUCCAGAAUACUUCGAAAAAGCAGCGAGAGAUUUGCCAUUAGACGAGCAUUACAUAGAUGCCCUUGGAAAGCUGUACUAUGAAAAAAUUGGAUCGGAACGUGACUUAGGUCUCAAGGCUCAGGAUAACUUGGUGGCAGAUCGAGUGAAAUUUGGAUUGCCUGACUUGGAUUUAAAUGCUCCUCGUUACCCGUACAAAAAUCUCGAUGUGUUGAAUGACGCUCCAGAAAGUGUGAAAAAAAUCUUCAGUAUUGGAUUCGGCACUCGUCGUGAUAUGUCGUCUGAGUGGAAAGCUCAACUUAUAGGCAAGGUCAAUCAGCACUCCUUAGAUACGAGUAGCCUGGAAAUGAAGAUUGCUUGGAUGACUGCUCUGAUACGGCAUUGGUCGCUUCUUGUCGAGGACAUUUCGAAAACGACACCUAAGAAACCUACCUGGCUUACUCAUCGCAUUUGGCUCAUAAUCAAUUCUAGAAGAAAAAGUCUUCGGCUUUUGAGGGAAAGGAAUGCAGAGGCUUUUGAAAGAGUGAUCAAUGAGUUGAAAAUAGCGUAUCACGUCCAAAAACAACCGGAACAUGUGAAAACCAGGAAGGCGUGGGCGGAAGCGCAACUUCGUGCCCGCGUAGAGCGGGAGAAGGAAAGACGCCUGGAGGAACUUCACCAACAGUACCUCUCCGAGAAGAAGGAGAAAUCAGAGGAAAUAGAAAAGAGGCGCAUUCAUUUUCAGGUGGAACAACGGCUGCGUGGCCUAUUGGUACUGGAGGGUAAAGCUACCGAUAUUGUUGGCCAGUACCGCCCUUCAUUGAUAGGUAACCUGUCUGAGGUCGUUAUGCACUCAGCUCUGUUUUAUCAUCCCAAACCAAACAUGGUCAAACAACACUAG